AAGCGCAGUGCAGAACGUGGUUUACAAUCAGUUCGAACUGAAUAACAUCAUGAAGUGGCUAUCUGUAGUUUUCGCCUUAGCCGUAUUGGCUCUAGCCAGUGCCAACCCUUUGAACCCGGACGUGGUCAUCAAUGGGGAUUGCAAGAAGUGCAACGUGCACGGCGGCUAAAAAACUUGAAUAUUAUAAUAAAUAAAUCAAAAUAAACAAAUGAAUGCACUGUA